AUGACUUAUUACUGUCCCGACUGUGACAGGCUUUUCUAUUCGGGGAGGAAAGCUCGUGACCAGCACUGUCGAGCAACGGGCCACGCUCUCCCACGAUUCGAAUGCGACACGUGUAGUGACUGCUUCGAUGAUGAGUAUGACCGUCGCGAGCACAUGAACCUGCAGCUACACUGGUGUAGGAACGCGCCAGAAUGUAUGCUGUGCUGUUUUCGCGCUGUGACCAAAACAGAGAUAAUCAAGCAUGAGAUUGAGCAUCACAACUACUGCGCUGACUGUAAGCGCCAGUUUGCAAAUCUCAACUGUAUCCAACAACAUCUAAAUGGAAAGAUUCAUCGCGCGUCAACAGUGAAUUGCCCCUUUUGCAAAGCGAGAUGCGGCACAGCGACAGGUUUAUCGCAUCAUCUUGAACGAGGCUCUUGUCCACGUGUUCCAAUGGACCGGCAAAAACUUUACAAGUAUAUCAAGAACCGUGAUCCCAGUGGUGUUAUCACCAACAAGCGCCUCGAAUGGUACGGAGACAAGACGUACGACAUCAACCCCCGACUAGCAUGGAAUCCCUGGGCGAAAGCCUAUGAAUGCUAUCUAUGCCACAAGCUUAAUUCUUCACUACAUGGCUUAAAAAUGCAUCUCGAAUCGCCAAAGCAUCAGCAGAAGUUGUAUCAUUGUUUGAACCCGACUUGCCUGAGGGAGUUCGCCACGUUGGCGGCGCUUAUCAACCAUCUCGAGAGCGAGAGUUGCAAGAUUAUGCGAUUUCAGCAGUUCCCCGCGGGCGAGCAGGCUCGAGACAGGCACUGCAGCGACACAGGACACUACGCACCAAACUGGCAGUGCGAAGUGUGUUUCCUGGGUUUUGACUGCUACGAAAGCUGCGAUGAACAUGAGAAAAACGACUGUCUCUAUUGUGCGGAAUGCGAGGAGGAGUUCUUCGACUGGGAGGAUAUGGACGAGCAUUUGAACUCGACCGAUCACGAACAGUCGGAGUAUCACUACCAGCAUCAAAAUCAGGGUGGUGCUGUUUCCUAUUACUACAACCAAGGUGGUGCUAUUUCUCAUCGUCGAGGCAAAGGAGUUGUAUGUCCAUUCUGUGGAGCAAACUAUCGAGCUGCCAGUGGUGUUGCCCACCACCUUGAACGUGGGUGCUGCCCUUGUGCACCCUUGGACCGAGAUACUAUGUAUCAAGAAGUCCGAAGACGAGAUCCCGACGGUAUCAUCACCAAUCACUUUCUCGAAUGGGAACCAACCGUCCACUACCAGGCCACAGAGCUUGCUUAUAACCCAUAUUUGGGAGAAUACGAGUGUUAUAUCUGCCACGACUCGUUCCGACGGUUGUCAAGCCUGAACCAGCACCUUGGAUCACCACGACACCAGCAGAAUUUGUACCACUGCCCAAACAGAUCCUGUUUUAAAGAGUUCACAACGCUCGCUGGACUCGUCAAUCACUUGGAAAGCGAAUCAUGCCGUUUCAUGCGGUUCCAGGCUAUUCAAAAUGGUAUGCGAGGACUUGUCUCCUCAUCUCGACGCAUUGGAUUUUACUAA